CUCUAUUCCUUUAUUCUUUAUUUUAGGAGCCUUUUUUGGGCGCUUUUCCCUUCGUCUUGAUUCAAUUUCUAGGGUUUUAGCCCUCGGACCGGUUUUUUGUUGAUCCCUCGAGCGGUCGGCGACGCUCAGGUUGUUCGCCAGAACUCCUCAAACUUCAUUUCGAAACCAAAGCAGACAGAGAGUGUUUCCAUUAGGGCGGAGGAAGAUAUGUCGGUGUCAAUGAGAGAGUUGGAUCCUACUUUCCAAGGAGCAGGACAGAAAGCAGGGAUUGAAAUAUGGCGUAUUGAGAAUUUUCAUCCAGUUGCUGUCCCAAAGUCCUCUCAUGGGAAGUUUUUCACAGGGGAUUCUUACAUCAUUCUGAAGACAACUGCCUUAAAAAGUGGUGCUCUGCGUCAUGAUAUCCAUUACUGGCUUGGAAAAGAUACAAGCCAGGAUGAAGCUGGGACUGCUGCCAUCAAGACUGUGGAACUUGAUGCAGCCCUUGGUGGACGUGCUGUUCAGUAUCGUGAGGUUCAGGCCCAUGAAACCGAGAAGUUCCUGUCUUAUUUUAAACCAUGUAUCAUUCCACAACAGGGAGGGGUGGUAUCUGGAUUCAGGCAUUCUGAAGUAAAUGAACAUGAGCAUGAGACUCGUCUAUAUGUUUGCAAAGGAAAACAUGUUGUCCAUGUAAAAGAGGUUCCAUUUGCGCGGUCAUCCCUCAAUCAUGAUGACAUAUUCAUUCUGGAUACCAAGUCUAAGAUUUUUCAGUUUAAUGGAUCCAACUCAUCUAUUCAAGAGAGGGCUAAAGCUCUUGAAGUUGUCCAAUACAUUAAAGAUACCUAUCAUGAUGGCAAGUGUGAGGUUGCUGCUGUAGAGGAUGGAAAGUUGAUGGCUGAUGCUGAGGCUGGAGAGUUCUGGGGUCUCUUUGGUGGCUUUGCACCUCUUCCGAGAAAGGGAGCCUCUGAGGAUGUAAAAAGUGCGGAGGUCUUUUCUGCAAGGCUUCUUUGUGUUGAGAACGGGCAGCCAGUGCCUAUUGAUGCUGAUUCAUUGACAAGGGAAAUGCUACAGACAAAUAAGUGUUACCUGCUGGAUUGUGGUAUUGAAGUUUAUGUGUGGAUGGGCAGAAAUACAUCUCUCGAGGAGCGGAAAAGUGCAAGCACUGCUGCAGAGGAUUUAAUUCGUGAACCUGACCGACCUAAUGCUCAUGUAAUCCGUGUUAUUGAGGGAUUCGAAACUGUCAUGUUUCGAUCAAAAUUUGACACAUGGCCGCAGACAGCUAAUGUAACAGUGUCCGAAGAUGGUAGAGGCAAGGUCGCCGCACUUCUAAAACGCCAAGGAUUGAAUGUGAAAGGCCUUAUGAAGACUGAUCCUGUCAAAGAUGCUGAACCUCAGCCAUAUAUUGAUUGCACAGGCAAUUUACAGGUUUGGCGUGUUAAUGGCCAAGAAAAGAUCGCUCUUUCAUCGUCUGAUCAGUCAAAAUUUUAUAGCGGAGAUUGUUAUAUUUUCCAGUAUUCAUAUCCUGGUGAAGAUAGAGAAGAAUACCUUGUUGGCACUUGGUUUGGGAAGAAAAGCAUCAAGGUAAAUUAGCAUCUUUCGUCUAUCUUGUUUUGACAAGUAAGACCUAAAAAAGCACCAUGAGUUGAUGCUGGAAAUGUUUCAGUUCCAAGGUUCAUUCUGAGCUAGUAGAUAUAAAUGUUACAACCAAGAACCAUAGUAUUUUCAUCAGUCUGUUAGUGCUCUCUCAGUGUGGGGAAAAAAAUCUAAAAUAUAACAUAUAUUAGCUAAGCAGACUUAUCUCAGUAGGUUGGAACACCUUUACUCUGUUCGUGCACUUGGAAUUGGUUCUGCUUUUCUGGGCUCAAUCGUGGAAUUUUGUACUCCCCCCAUAUUCUCAACACCCAGACAUGCACAGGAUCUGUUGCUGAGAUUUUGUUUUAGUUCGGUCCUAUGAUUUAUAAUUUGUGCCUUUUUUUGAAAUGGUAAUGCAGUUUGCUAUAUGAAACCGUGCCUUGAUCUGUUGUUCUCUAGAUUCUUCAUAUUUAGGGGAAUCUUGCAGUGUCAUUUCGGUUGAAUGAGCUUCUAGUUUCUCUCUUACUUAGAGUUACCUUGGCAAUGAAAUUCACCAGGGAUUGAUAAUAAGUUGAAACUGGCAAAAGUUCUCAAACUUUCAUGGAUGUAGAUAUAAACUGGCCUCAUAUGGACGUAAUAAGAGUUGCUGGCUAAGACUUAUCGGCCUCUUAAACAAUGGUCAUAUCUCAUUGCUUUUAUUAAGAGAAAAUUGAUUUGGUGACAUAGAUCUAGUAUAGUCUCGAAAAGAUUUUUCCCAGAAUUUUGUCUCAAACUUUUUCUUUCUGAGAAUGGCUGAGAUUUCUAUCAUUAGCAUAAACCCAGUUUUACAAACAACAAAAAUUCUAAUUAAAUAUACAUUGACAGUGGUCCACAUUAGGGAGAAGUGGUCUGCAGAAGUAAAUAAUCCUUAGUAAGUAUCGUCCUAGGUUCAAUUUAGACAAUCAACUUUCACAUGCUAUAAACUAAGUUCCCCUGCUACAGUUGAAAUUUCAAUAGUUUUGCUCUCAGUCGAGGUAUAAUAUACAAGGUUCAUGGUGGCUGGAAAGCAAUGAGAUGGUUUGGUAGUGGUCUUCAUUAGCCUUUUUAAUAGAGAAGUUUGAGUGUGGGACUAA